UCGUUGAACGACAGAAUGUGGUCGUGUAAAAUUUUAAAUAAGGUGCUCGUACGAUCGAAAUGUGUGACAGGUGGUGGGGGUUUACGAAUCAAGCAGUUGUGCCGGAGUAUUGAGCACAGAUCUGCGCUGGUUAAUCGUGUUUCUCUUUUACGCGACUUUGGUUCUAAAACAAAAAUGUCGAAAUACGUGAUUGUUAUGGUACGCCAUGGAGAGAGCGAAUGGAAUAAGUUGAACCAAUUCUGCGGAUGGUACGAUGCCAAUUUAUCUGAAAAAGGCAGAAAAGAAGCAGAAGCUGCAGGAAAGGCAAUAAAAAAUGAUGGUUUAGUCUUUGAUGUUGCUCAUACAUCAGUAUUGACAAGGGCUAAUGACACUUUGGCAGCAAUUCUUAAGGAAAUAGGGCAAGAGAACAUUCCCAUUCACAAAACAUGGCGAUUGAAUGAACGUCAUUAUGGAGCUCUCACUGGAUUGAACAAAGCUGAAACAGCGACCAAAUACGGAGAAGAGCAAGUACAAAUUUGGAGAAGGUCCUUUGAUACACCACCUCCACCUAUGGAACGAGACCACAAGUAUUACGAUGCCAUAGUAAAAGAUCCACGAUAUGCCAAUGAACUGAAAGAAGAAGAUUUUCCUAAAUUUGAAUCUUUAAAAUUGACGAUUGAGAGGACUUUACCAUAUUGGAAUAAUACUAUUAUUCCACAGUUGAAGGAAGGAAAGCGAAUUAUCAUUGCUGCUCAUGGAAACAGCUUGCGUGGAAUAGUCAAGCAUCUGGAUCAGAUAAGCAACGAAGAUAUCAUGGGAUUGAAUCUGCCAACUGGUAUUCCAUUCGUUUACGAAUUAGACGAAAAUUUCAAACCAGUUGUGUCUAUGAAGUUCUUAGGCGACGAAGAAACUGUCAAGGCUGCUAUAGCUGCAGUUGCCGCACAAGGAAAAGCUAAGUAAAGCCAAAGGUGCUUAUAAAAUGAGAACUCUAUCUGUGCGCGUAUAUGAAAACUAUUGACUAGUUUCUAGUUUCACGUUUAUUGUUAAUUUCAAUGUUAUAAAGCAUACUCAAUUGUAUGCUUAUAAUAAAACAAAGAAACAGAUUCAAAUACAGUCAUUAUUUUUCAGUAACUGUUAAAAUGCAUUGUAAUUUAUUAAGAGAAAUAUUUAUUGAAAACCAUUAUAAGGUGUGAUGAAAGAAGUAUAAAAGUACAAAGAUAAA